AUGGCCGUCGGCUCAAUUGCUGCUUAUCAACUGCGAAGGGGAGUCGGAUGUUUGUCCUUCUUAUGGGAUAACUUCCUUCCCGACCAUUCGCCUGUUUCAUGGGCCAGAGCAGAUUCGAUAUCGAGGGAAAUUCCAGGCUUCCUCGUGAGUAGUCACUUUGGCUGUGACCUGGACUUUACACCAGUUGACCGGUCUAGCAUUGUUACCAAAGUGCUCAGCACUGUCGUGCCGUUAUUUUCUCAGCCUGAUAGACCUACCCUAGACACAUUGAAGUCGUUGGACAUCCCGGUGUUUCUGUUUACAGAAUUGGAAGGCGAGACUUCUCAGUCGUCGGCCGUGGUAACUCAGGUGGCCGAAAAACUGCACGGCAAGUUUUUCGUGGCCACCACGACCGACCCAACCUUGGCCGAAGAAGGGGGUGCACAACCACCCUUUGUGGUUGUCUGGAACUCCCAUGAUGAAGUAAAGCCGGUAUAUCACGACAAGCUUGAACUGGGGCGUCUUCUCAAGUUCGCGGAAAAGGCCUCGACGCCGGUAAUCGGCAGGUUAGACCUGAAGUCGUAUAUUGACCAUACUCAGUCUACAUUGCCCCUCGCUUUUAUCCUUGCUGAGACCGACAAGGAGAGGAAGGCUAUCGCCGAAUCACUGAAAUAUGUUGCCCUCAAGCACAAACUCAAGGUCAAUUUUGUGACUCUCGACACCACAAAGUUACCGUUUCUACUCGAGCCGCUGGGUGUGGACUCGACACGCCUCCCUGCGUUCGCAAUUCACCGUGGCGAUAACGAGGAGGUGUCGGUGUACGACCAGAACCGCCAAAUCAACGCAAAAGAUGUCGAGAUCUUCCUCCACAGGACACUAAAUUGGCCGCUUAAGGAACUAUAG